AGGGAUUUCGUGCGGGUGCUGAAGGAGCUGCGGGAGCCGGAGAAGAAUGAAACUGCGUGGAGUCAGCCUGGCUGCCGGCUUGUUCUUACUGGCCCUGAGUCUUUGGGGGCAGCCCGCAGAGGCUGCGGCUUGCUAUGGGUGUUCUCCAGGAUCAAAGUGUGACUGUAGUGGUAUAAAAGGAGAAAAGGGGGAGAGAGGAUUUCCAGGUUUGGAAGGCCAUCCAGGUUUGCCUGGAUUUCCAGGUCCAGAAGGGCCGCCAGGGCCUCGGGGACAAAAGGGUAGUGAUGGAAUUCCAGGGCCACCAGGACCAAAAGGGAUCAGAGGUCCUCCUGGACUUCCUGGAUUUCCAGGGACACCGGGUCUUCCUGGAAUGCCAGGCCAUGAUGGGGCCCCAGGACCUCAAGGUAUCCCUGGAUGCAAUGGAACCAAGGGAGAACGUGGAUUUCCAGGCAGUCCCGGUUUUCCUGGUUUACAGGGUCCUCCAGGACCUCCUGGGAUCCCAGGUAUGAAGGGAGAACCAGGUAGUAUAAUUAUGUCAUCAUUGCCAGGGCCAAAGGGUAAUCCAGGAUUUCCCGGUCCUCCUGGAAUACAAGGCCCAGCUGGUCCCACUGGUAUACCAGGGCCAAUUGGUCCCCUAGGACCACCAGGUUUGAUGGGCCCUCCUGGCCCACCAGGACUUCCAGGACCAAAGGGGAAUAUGGGCUUAAAUUUCCAGGGACCCAAGGGUGAGAAGGGUGAGCAAGGUCUUCAGGGCCCCCCUGGGCCACCUGGGCAGAUCAGUGAACAGAAAAGACCAAUUGAUGUAGAGUUUCAGAAAGGAGAUCAGGGACUUCCUGGUGACCAAGGGCCUCCUGGACCUCCAGGGAUACGUGGUCCUCCAGGUCCUCCAGGUGGUGUGAAAGGUGAGAAGGGUGAGCAAGGAGAGCCUGGCAAAAGAGGUAAACCGGGCAAAGAUGGAGAGAAUGGCCAACCAGGAAUUCCAGGUUUGCCUGGUGAUCCUGGUUACCCUGGUGAACCAGGAAGGGAUGGAGAAAAGGGCCAAAAAGGUGACAUUGGCCCAACUGGGCCUCCUGGACUUGUGAUUCCUAGGCCUGGAACUGGUGUAACUGUAGGAGAAAAAGGAAACAUUGGGUUACCUGGCUUGCCUGGAGAAAAAGGAGAGCGAGGAUUUCCUGGAAUACAGGGUCCACCUGGCCUUCCUGGACCUCCAGGACUUGCAGUUACAGGUCCUCCUGGGCCCCCUGGCUUUCCUGGGGAAAGGGGCCAGAAAGGGGAUGAAGGUCCACCUGGAAUUUCCAUUCCUGGAUCUCCUGGACUUGAUGGACAGCCUGGGGCUCCUGGCCUUCCAGGGCCUCCUGGCCCUCCUGGCCCUCACAUCCCUCCUAGUGAUGAGGUAUGUGAAGCAGGCCCUCCUGGCCCUCCAGGAUCUCCAGGUGAUAGAGGACUCCAAGGAGAACAAGGAGUGAAAGGUGACAAAGGUGACACCUGCUUCAACUGUAUUGGAACUGGUGUUUCAGGGCCUCCAGGUGAACCUGGUUUGCCAGGUCUUCCAGGUCCCCCAGGAUCUCUUGGUUUCCCUGGACAGAAGGGUGAAAAAGGACACGCUGGUGCAACCGGUCCCAAAGGAUUAACAGGCAUACCAGGAGCUCCAGGUACUCCAGGCUUUCCCGGACCUAAAGGUGAACCUGGUGACGUCCUCACUUUUCCAGGAAUGAAGGGUGACAAAGGAGAUUUGGGUUCUCCUGGAGCUCCAGGGCUUCCUGGUUUACCUGGCACCCCUGGACGGGAUGGAUUGCCAGGGCUUCCUGGCCCCAAAGGAGAACCUGGUGGAAUUGCUUUUAAGGGUGAAAGAGGUCCCCCUGGGAACCCAGGUUUGCCAGGUCUCCCAGGAAAUAGGGGGCCUAUGGGCCCUCUUGGUUUUGGCCCUCCAGGCCCACCAGGUGAAAAAGGCAUACAAGGUGUAGCAGGAAAUCCAGGCCAGCCAGGAAUACCAGGUCCUAAAGGUGAUCCAGGUCAGACCAUAACACAGCCAGGGAAGCCUGGCUUGCCUGGUAACCCAGGCAGAGAUGGUGAAGUAGGUCUUCCAGGUGAACCUGGACUCCCAGGCCAGCCAGGUUUGCCAGGUAUACCUGGUAGCAAAGGAGAACCAGGUAUCCCUGGAAUUGGGCUUCCUGGACCACCUGGUCCCAAAGGUUUCCCUGGAAUUCCAGGACCUCCAGGAGCACCUGGGACACCUGGAAGAAUUGGUCUAGAAGGUCCUUCUGGGCCACCAGGCUUUCCAGGACUAAAGGGAGAACCAGGAUUUGGGCUACCUGGGCCACCUGGGCCUCCAGGACUCCCAGGUUUCAAAGGAAUACUUGGUCCAAAAGGGGAUCGUGGUUUCCCAGGACCUCAAGGUCCUCCAGGACAAGCUGGCUUGGAUGGGCUACCUGGACCAAAAGGUGACAUUGGACCAAAUGGACAACCUGGGACAAUGGGACCUCCUGGGCUGCCAGGAACAGGUGUUCAGGGACCACCAGGGCCACCAGGAAUUCCUGGACCAAUAGGUCAACCUGGCUUGCAUGGAAUACCAGGAGAGAAGGGGGAUCCAGGGCCUCCUGGAUUUGAUGUUCCAGGACCCCCUGGUGAGAGAGGCAGUCCAGGGAUCCCUGGAGCACCAGGUCCUAUGGGACCCCCAGGAUCACCAGGGCUCCCAGGAAAAGCAGGUGCCUCUGGCUUUCCAGGUGCCAAAGGUGAAAUGGGUAUGAUGGGACCUCCAGGCCCAACAGGACCUUUGGGAAUUCCUGGCAGGAGUGGUGUUCCUGGUCUCAAAGGUGAUGAUGGUUUGCAGGGUCAGCCAGGACUUCCUGGCCCUGCAGGAGAGAAAGGUAGUAAAGGAGAGCCUGGCCUUCCAGGCCUUCCUGGACCAAUGGAUCCAGAUCUGCUGGGCUCAAAAGGAGAGAAAGGGGACCCUGGCCUACCAGGUAUUCCUGGAGUUGCAGGGCCAAAAGGUUAUCAGGGUUUGCCUGGAGACCCAGGGCAACCUGGACUGAGUGGACAGCCUGGAUUACCAGGACCGUCGGGUCCCAAGGGUAACCCUGGUCUCCCUGGGAAGCCAGGACUUACAGGACCUCCUGGACUUAAAGGAAACAUAGGCGAUAUGGGCUUUCCAGGCCCCCAGGGUGCAAAAGGGUCUCCUGGACCUCCUGGAGUUCCUGGACAAUCUGGAUCCCCGGGAUUACCUGGACAGAAAGGAGAAAAAGGUGAUCCUGGUAUUUCAGGCAUUGGUCUUCCAGGUCUUCCUGGCCCAAAGGGUGAACCUGGUCUGCCGGGAUACCCAGGGAACCCUGGUAUCAAAGGUGCUAUGGGAGAUACUGGUUUGCCUGGAUUACCGGGGAGCCCUGGAGCAAAAGGACAACCAGGCCUUCCUGGAUUCCCUGGAACCCCAGGCCUUCCUGGACCAAAAGGUAUUAAUGGUCCUCCUGGGAACCCUGGCCUUCCAGGAGAACCUGGUCCUGUAGGUGGUGGAGGUCGUCCUGGGCCACCAGGGCCUCCAGGUGAAAAAGGCAAACCAGGUCAAGAUGGUAUUCCUGGACCAGCUGGACAGAAGGGUGAACCAGGUCAACCAGGCUUUGGAAUCCCAGGACCCCCUGGACUUCCAGGACUUUCUGGUCAAAAGGGUGAUGGAGGAUUACCUGGCAUUCCAGGAAACCCUGGCCUUCCAGGUCCAAAGGGUGAACCAGGCUUUCAUGGUUUCCCUGGUCUGCAGGGUCCCCCAGGCCCUCCUGGUUCUCCAGGUCCAGCUCUGGAAGGCCCUAAAGGCAACCCUGGGCCCCAAGGUCCUCCAGGGAGACCAGGUCCUACAGGUUUUCAAGGUCUACCAGGUCCAGAAGGUCCCCGGGGUCUCCCUGGAAUUGGGGGCAUUAAAGGAGAGAGAGGAAACCCGGGCCAACCUGGGCAACCUGGUUUGUCUGGUUUGAAAGGUGAUCAAGGACCACCAGGACUCCAGGGUAAUCCUGGCCGGCCAGGUCUCAAUGGAAUGAAAGGAGAUCCUGGUCUCCCUGGUGUUCCAGGAUUUCCAGGCAUGAAAGGACCCAGUGGAGAACCUGGUUCAACUGGCCCUGAGGGGGAUCCAGGACUUAUUGGCCCCCCAGGCCCCCCUGGAUUACCUGGUCCUUCAGGACAGAGUAUUGUAAUCAAAGGAGAUGCUGGUCCACCAGGGGUUCCAGGCCAGCCUGGAUUAAAAGGUCUACCAGGACUACCAGGACCUCAAGGUUUACCAGGUCCAAUUGGCCCUCCAGGAGAUCCUGGACGCAAUGGACUCCCUGGCUUUGAUGGUGCAGGAGGGCACAAAGGAGACCCAGGUUUACCAGGCCAGCCAGGUAUCCGUGGUUUGGAUGGUCCCCCCGGGCCAGAUGGAUUGCAAGGUCCCCCAGGUCCCCCUGGAACCUCCUCUGUUGCCCAUGGAUUUCUCAUCACACGUCACAGCCAGACAACAGAUGCACCACAAUGCCCACAGGGAACUAUCCAGGUUUAUGAAGGCUUUUCUCUCCUGUAUGUACAAGGAAAUAAAAGAGCUCACGGUCAAGACUUGGGAACGGCCGGCAGCUGCCUUCGUCGCUUCAGUACCAUGCCUUUCAUGUUCUGCAACAUCAAUAAUGUUUGCAACUUUGCUUCAAGAAAUGACUAUUCUUACUGGCUCUCCACCCCAGAGCCCAUGCCAAUGAGCAUGGAGCCCCUGAAGGGCCAGAGCAUCCAGCCAUUCAUUAGUCGAUGUGCAGUAUGUGAAGCUCCGGCCGUGGUGAUUGCCGUUCACAGUCAGACCAUCCAGAUUCCCCGUUGUCCUCAGGGAUGGGAUUCUCUCUGGAUUGGUUAUUCCUUCAUGAUGCACACAAGUGCAGGGGCAGAGGGCUCAGGUCAAGCCCUGGCCUCCCCUGGUUCCUGCUUGGAAGAGUUUCGUUCAGCUCCCUUCAUUGAGUGUCAUGGGCGGGGGACCUGCAACUAUUAUGCCAACUCCUACAGCUUUUGGCUGGCAACUGUAGAUGUGUCAGACAUGUUCAGCAAACCUCAGUCAGAAACGCUGAAAGCAGGAGACUUGAGGACACGUAUUAGUCGAUGUCAAGUGUGCAUGAAGAGGACAUAACAUUUUGAAG